GGGAUUACAGAUGUGAACCACUGCACCUGGCCUCAAGCCAUAGUUCUUAAAACGUGUCAAAUUCUUUGACGUCUCCAUGUUUUGAAUGCGUAGUCCAGAGGAUCCUUGUCCACCUGAUGAUUACUUCACUGAGGCUUUGCUGCUUUGUAAUCUUCAUAACAUCUCUGCUUCCACAAAGUUCAGUAUUUCCUUCUCUGUUCACAUAGCCUUUUGUAGACAUAUGCUUGUCCUGUGAUAUAUGUACUUCUCUAUCCUUUCUGUUUUAGAGUGAGCUUGGGAUCCAAGACUUUUGUCCUCUUUGCCUGACACAUGGCAGGUUCUUCAUAAAUACUGAAUGAAUAGGUCUGGUAGAGAUUGUUGGAUUGUUUAGAGGGGAGUUAAUAUUUGUUACUUUUCACUUUUUAUGUUAAUAUUUAAUAUUUCAUUCUAAAGAUGGUGGAACCAGGGCAAGAUUUACUGCUUGCUGCUUUGAGUGAGAGUGGAAUUAGUCCGAAUGACCUCUUUGAUAUUGAUGGUGGAGAUGCAGGGCUCGCAACUCCAACGCCAACCCCUUCAGUUCAGCAGUCAGUGCCACUUAGUGCAUUAGAACUAGGUUUGGAAACCGAAGCAGCAGUUCCUGUAAAACAAGAACCAGAGACUGUACCUACUCCAGCACUGUUAAAUGUGAGGCAGCAGCCUCCAUCUACUACAACAUUUGUGCUGAAUCAAAUAAAUCAGCUUCCACCCUUGGCAUCUACAAUUGUAAUGACUAAAACACCACCUGUAACAACCAACAGGCAAACCAUCACUUUAACUAAGUUUAUCCAGACUACUGCAAGCACACGCCCUUCAGUCUCAGCACCAGCAGUACGAAAUGCCAUGACCUCUGCACCUUCAAAAGACCAGGUUCAACUGAAGGAUCUACUAAAACAUAAUAGUCUUAAUGAACUCAUGAAACUAAAGCCACCUGCUAAUAUUGCUCAGCCAGUAGCAACAGCAGCUACUGAUGUAAGCAAUGGUACAGUAAAGAAAGAGUCUUCUAAUAAAGAUGUAGCAAGAAUGUGGAUAAACGACAUGAAAAUGAGGAGUUUUUCCCCGACUAUGUUGCAGAAGGUCCCUGUUAUAAAAGAAGAUGACGAACCAGAGGAAGAAGACGAAGAAGAAAUGGGUCAUGCAGAAACCUAUGCAGAGUACAUGCCAAUAAAAUUAAAAAUUGGCCUACGUCACCCAGAUGCUGUAGUGGAAACUAGCUCUUUAUCCAGUGUUACUCCUCCUGAUGUUUGGUACAAAACAUCGAUUUCUGAGGAAACCAUUGAUAAUGGCUGGUUAUCAGCAUUACAGCUUGAGGCAAUUACAUAUGCAGCCCAGCAACAUGAAACUUUUCUACCUAAUGGAGAUCGUGCUGGCUUCUUAAUAGGUGAUGGUGCUGGUGUAGGAAAAGGAAGAACGAUAGCAGGAAUCAUCUAUGAAAAUUAUUUGUUGAGUAGAAAACGAGCAUUGUGGUUUAGUGUUUCAAAUGAUUUAAAAUAUGAUGCUGAAAGAGAUUUAAGGGAUAUUGGAGCAAAAAACAUUUUGGUUCAUUCAUUAAAUAAGUUUAAAUAUGGAAAAAUUUCUUCCAAACAUAAUGGGAGUGUGAAAAAGGGUGUUAUUUUUGCUACAUACUCUUCACUUAUUGGUGAAAGCCAGUCUGGUGGCAAGUAUAAAACUAGGUUAAAACAACUUCUCCAUUGGUGCGGUGAUGACUUCGAUGGAGUGAUAGUGUUUGAUGAGUGUCAUAAAGCAAAAAACUUAUGUCCUGUUGGUUCUUCAAAGCCAACCAAGACAGGCUUAGCUGUCUUAGAGCUUCAGAACAAAUUGCCAAAAGCCAGAGUUGUUUAUGCUAGUGCAACUGGCGCUUCUGAACCACGCAACAUGGCCUAUAUGAACCGUCUUGGCAUAUGGGGUGAGGGUACUCCAUUUAGAGAAUUCAGUGAUUUUAUUCAAGCAGUAGAACGGAGAGGAGUUGGUGCCAUGGAAAUAGUUGCUAUGGAUAUGAAGCUUAGAGGAAUGUACAUUGCUCGACAGCUGAGCUUUACUGGAGUGACCUUCAAAAUUGAAGAAGUUCUUCUUUCUCAGAGCUAUGUAAAAAUGUAUAACAAAGCAGUCAAGCUGUGGGUCAUCGCCAGAGAGCGGUUUCAGCAAGCUGCAGAUCUGAUUGAUGCCGAACAACGAAUGAAGAAGUCCAUGUGGGGUCAGUUCUGGUCUGCUCAUCAGAGGUUUUUCAAAUACUUAUGUAUAGCAUCCAAAGUUAAAAGGGUUGUGCAACUAGCUCGAGAGGAAAUCAAGAAUGGAAAAUGUGUUGUAAUUGGUCUACAGUCUACAGGAGAAGCUAGAACAUUAGAAGCUUUGGAAGAGGGCGGGGGAGAAUUGAAUGAUUUUGUUUCAACUGCCAAAGGUGUGUUGCAGUCUCUUAUUGAAAAACAUUUUCCUGCUCCAGACAGGAAAAAACUUUAUAGUUUGCUAGGAAUCGAUUUGACAGCUCCAAGUAACAACAGUUCACCGAGAGAUAGUCCUUGUAAAGAAAAUAAAGUAAAGAAGCGGAAAGGUGAAGAAAUAACUCGAGAAGCCAAAAAAGCACGAAAAGUAGGUGGACUUACUGGUAGCAGUUCUGAUGACAGUGGAAGUGAAUCUGAUGCCUCUGAUAAUGAAGAAAGUGAUUAUGACAGCUCUAAAAACAUGAGUUCUGGAGAUGAUGAUGAUUUCAACCCAUUUAGAGAUGAGUCUAGUGAGGAUGAUGAAAAUGAUCCCUGGUUAAUCAGAAAAGAUCACAAGAAAAACAAAGAGAAGAAAAAGAAGAAAAGUAUAGAUCCAGAUUCUAUUCAAAGUGCCUUAUUAGCAUCAGGUCUUGGAUCAAAACGACCCAGUUUUUCAUCUACACCAGUUAUCUCACCUGCUCCUAACAGUACACCAGCUAACAGUAACACCAACAGUAACAGUAGCCUUAUAACAAGUCAGGAUGCCGUGGAAAGGGCUCAGCAGAUGAAGAAAGACCUGCUUGAUAAACUAGAAAAAUUAGCUGAAGACCUCCCCCCUAAUACCCUGGAUGAACUUAUCGAUGAACUUGGCGGCCCUGAGAAUGUUGCUGAGAUGACUGGCCGCAAGGGACGGGUUGUGAGCAAUGAUGAUGGAAGCAUAUCUUAUGAAUCAAGAUCUGAACUUGAUGUGCCUGUGGAAAUACUAAACAUCACAGAAAAACAGCGAUUUAUGGAUGGUGAUAAGAAUAUUGCUAUCAUCUCAGAAGCUGCCAGCUCGGGUAUUUCAUUACAAGCAGAUAGGAGAGCUAAAAAUCAAAGGCGAAGAGUUCAUAUGACUUUAGAAUUACCUUGGAGCGCUGAUAGAGCAAUUCAACAAUUCGGACGAACUCAUAGAUCAAACCAAGUUACUGCUCCCGAAUAUGUCUUCCUGAUUUCUGAACUGGCAGGAGAACAACGAUUUGCAUCUAUUGUUGCUAAAAGACUUGAGAGUUUGGGGGCACUUACACAUGGCGACAGAAGAGCAACAGAAUCUAGGGAUCUGAGCAGGUUCAACUUUGACAAUAAGUAUGGAAGAAAUGCUUUAGAAAUAGUCAUGAAAUCCAUUGUGAACUUGGAUUCCCCUAUGGUAUCACCACCUCCAGACUAUCCUGGAGAAUUUUUUAAAGAUGUUCGACAAGGACUGAUAGGAGUUGGUCUGAUAAAUGUAGAGGAUCGCUCGGGAAUUCUUACUCUCGAUAAAGAUUAUAACAACAUAGGAAAAUUCUUAAAUAGAAUUUUAGGCAUGGAGGUACAUCAGCAGAAUUCAUUAUUUCAGUAUUUUGCGGACACGCUUACUGCAGUUGUCCAAAAUGCCAAAAAAAAUGGAAGAUACGAUAUGGGAAUCUUAGAUCUUGGUUCUGGAGAUGAAAAGGUGAGGAAAAGUGAUGUUAAAAAGUUUCUGACCCCAGGAUAUUCAACCUCUGGCCACGUAGAAUUAUACACAAUUAGUGUAGAGAGGGGAAUGUCAUGGGAAGAAGCUACUAAGAUUUGGGCCGAACUGACAGGACCAGACGAUGGCUUUUACUUGUCAUUGCAAAUAAGAAACAACAAGAAAACUGCCAUCUUAGUUAAAGAAGUGAAUCCUAAAAAGAAACUUUUCUUAGUUUAUCGACCGAAUACUGGGAAACAGCUCAAAUUAGAAAUUUAUGCUGAUCUAAAAAAGAAAUACAAGAAGGUUGUCUCAGAUGAUGCCCUGAUGCACUGGUUAGAUCAGUAUAAUUCAUCUGCAGAUACUUGUACUCAUGCUUAUUGGCGUGGCAAUUGCAAAAAAGCAAGCUUGGGGUUAGUUUGUGAAAUAGGUCUUCGUUGCCGUACAUAUUAUGUAUUAUGUGGUUCAGUGCUGAGUGUCUGGACAAAAGUUGAGGGUGUUCUAGCAUCUGUCAGUGGCACAAACGUGAAAAUGCAGAUCGUCCGGCUAAGAACGGAAGAUGGGCAACGGAUAGUAGGUUUGAUCAUUCCGGCAAAUUGUGUGUCUCCACUUGUAAAUCUCCUGUCAACUUCAGACCAGUCUCAACAGCUUGCGGUCCAACAGAAGCAGCUAUGGCAACAGCAUCACCCUCAGAGCAUCACCAACUUGAGCAACGCGUAAAGAACAGACAGGUUUCAACAUGGAUGUAUCUGAAAUGCUGUUGAAGCAUAUCAUUUGCAUAAAAAUCAGGGACAGUUUCCAAAGAAUUAUAUAUUUUUUUCAGUUGUGCUCUCUCUAGUUAGUUUUUUUGGGAGUAAGGACAAACCUGGAAUAGAUAGCAAAACUGAAAAUCAGCAGUGCUGAUGGUGGUACAUAUGUCUUUCCUUUUGCUUCUCCCCUGGUACUUCCCAUCUGCUUUUACUUUGGGUAAGCAGAGGGGGAUGUGUGCGUGCGUGUGUGUCAGUCUGUUUGUGAGUGUGUUAAAGGCUACAGACCACAGUUGGUUUAAAAUGCUUGGAACUUCCCAAACUGGCUUUACUUUUAUGUUUAUACAGUGCUCAGGGUUAAUGCAGUACAUCCAUGCCAUUGCUGUGGGAGGUAUCCCCGGAUGCAUGUGUUUUGAGUCUAUAAAUAUAGAAAAUAUAUAUUGGUUUCUUUUUCCAACUUAAUAGGUUUAUUAAAGCAUGAGAUGAAAAGUUACAUACCAUGCAUUCAGGUUAUUUUCUAAUUUUUGUUCUGACAGUGCAUGUCUUUGAAAGCAUGCGUCAACAAGAUUAACACAGAAGUCGAGUAACAGAGAGAAACAUUUGUUAGAUGUACAGCAUUGGUUAUUGCAUUUUUAUAGUGUUUAUACCUGGGUAUUGCUUCUAACCCUGCAGACCCCUCCUGCCCCUUUUCCUCCCUGCCCUGUGUUUCUGGUCAAGGUAAUGAGUACAUACAUUUUUCUGUGAUAAAACUCUUAAAAUUUAAUUUUAAUGUAUUAAUAGUAUUCCUAAUGUGUGCUGCAGAAAUGGCUAUAAGCCUCUUAAAUUUACAUUUUCAACUUAAAGGUAGUUUUAGAAGGAAGUACAAAUUGGCUUUCAUCCUGCAAACAAUUGUUUUUUACUUCAUUAUCUUAAUUUGCUUUAUCACUCUAUAAAGGAAACCGUACUUGAGCUGUAGACAAUGAGGAAACAUUUGAGGCUUCUGCUGUAUGUUUUUUUUGUUACUGUUGUUAUUGUUGUUACUCAGUAACUUGAAUAUUGUUUAAUGUGUUGUAAGACAUUGUAGAGUUUAUCUCAAGCUGUUAAAAAUGGUAAUGUACAAAUGUGAAUAGACACUUAUCUAUAUAAUAUGGGUAAGUUUUGUUUCGCCUAUAAUAGAUGUUUAUAAAAACAAGUGAGGGGACAGUUGGUCUUUUUAUUUCCUUUUCCUUCUUUCUUUUGCUUGCACAGGUUGCACUAUUGAAAAAUCGAGAUUGUAUAAACCUGGUAAAAGCUGCAAGAUGCCAAAAUCUUGUAGAUGUCAAAUAAAAAGUUAUUAUACUAACAAGAAGUGGACUCUUGUUUAGGUCCUCACUGGUGACCUUCAAAAGUAGUCUGUGACGGGGACUCUGCAGAACUUGUGUGUUGCCUCAGCAUUCCAGUUAGCCUUAUAGUUUGGCUUAAAACCUAUUGCUAAAAUUUGAGAUGGCAUUGAAGGAAGGGGUAAAAUGAUAGUACUUCCGAAUGUGUUUUUCAAGUUGAAUUGUUCGCUUUGUUAACUUUUUAAACUUCUUGCAGAAUUGGGUGAGAUGUGUGUUAGCUGACAGAAACCUGGCCGAAAGCUUAGGAUGCUCAUCCUCUGUGUCUCUAGCCUGAGUUUGGUUAUGUCACGCUUACCCUAAGUUUUCUUAGGAUUUAUUUAUUCUUGGUGCCUAAAAGAGUAAGUUGAAAGUACUUUCUGUUCUUUGGCACAUUUUGCCCAGUGGAUGCAACUUCUCUCCUCAGUCCAGCUCAUGUAUCUCAGGCAGUGAUCCAUUUUCUAUCCCUUAUUAGGGCCACUAGACCUAGCAGGCAGCCAAGAGCAGCACUGUCCCCACCUUCAGCAGAACUUCUCAGCUCGUGUGUGUUUUAAAAGCAGUAGUCAGCUUCCAUCAGCAAUGCAAGUGUCCCCACUCAGUGGAGGUACAGUCGCUGGACCUGAGGACGGGAAGAAUUACAAAUCCUCCUCCAGUGAGACAGAGUGGCAGGAUUGGGAAGGAUCUUCUCUUGCAGGCUGUUGGCCCAACUCUUCUUUCUGUUGUUACCAGGGCAUCUUAGUUUUUUAUGGUGUUUUCAAAGCAGCAUAUGCGGAUUCCUUAGCAUGCAGCUAAUUGACACCCCCCAUGGCUUCUAAUGUAAUAACAUUUGCUCUGGACCAGCCAUCUUUAUACACAGGAGCAUAUGUAUCUUAAUGUUCUUGUAGAACAGCUUUGCCCCCCCGCCCAAUGAAAACAAAAAGGCCUCUGAAAGCCCUCUCAAAACAGACCUCAAAAAGGCAACCCAUGUGAAUGGAUGGGAGCCGGGGUGCUACAUGCCCAGGCUGGUCAUGGUGUGUGCACUUCCCAGAGUUGCACCCACCCCUUCAGGUGGACAUCCAACCUUUACACUGUGCUCUUACAAAAGUCAGCGAGUUCAGGUCAGCCACCCUAUGAAGCUUCAGUAUUCAAGGUCCUCUCCUAUUAAAACCCAACUCUUGGCUGGAUGUGGUGGCUCACACUUGUAGUCCCGGCACUUUGGGAGGCUGAGGCAGGCAGAUCACUUGAGGCCAGGAGUUCGAGACCAGCCUGGCCAACAUGGCGAGACCCCAUCUGUACCAAAAAAUUAGCCACUAACUUCUGUAAAAUACGUCCAUUUAUUCCAGGCUGUAAAUGCCACACCUGAAUCCAGAGGCCUUGUUUAACCUCAUGUCCAUUUUGCCUCUGCAAUGCCUUUUUCUUCUUUUUAGCAAUAUGGCUCUGAGCACAAAGAUUUGAUUGGAAAUCGUGUUGGUGUUUUCAGAGUUUACAGUGUCAGUUGUACUGAAAACCACUUCCAGAGUCUAAAGCAGCUCAGAUGUUAUUUUUGGGGGGAGUUAGUGUUCCCCUAAUUUAGCAGCCUCUACACCACAAGGUCUCUAUCUGUAGUAACUGAGAUUAUCCAGAUAUACUAUCAAUGAUACAAAUCCGUAGAAGUAUUAUGCAUUUCUUUAAACACAUCUUGAUUAAGAAGCAGAUCUGUUAAGCAGUUUUCUUAUUCUGCUGCUCAGUUGCAGUUAGACACUUCAGUAUCUUCUUUUUACAUGUGUAUAUAAAUUAGCAGGAACCUGUAUCCAAAGCAAUGUAGUAGUGUGUGUGUAUUUAUGUAUAUUUAUUCUAACUCAGCACUUCAGAAGCCUUUUUGAGUUACAACAAUAAAUCUUUUAGUUUGCUUCAUCUGUAGAGGUAAAAGUUCUAUAUUACCAAGCUCCACAGGAAUAUAAUAUUUUAGAGGCACAAUUUUCUGGCUGUAGCCCCUGGGGCAUUCCUUUGCUGGCCCGCAUGGGAUGCUGUUAGAACAACUGUUCGCAAGCAAGGGAAGAAAGGGUACCAGGACAGCGUUCACAGUUGUAGAAUGGGAGCUUUCUGCCUUCUCCCCUCCACUUUCGUUUUAGCAUGAAAGAAAGAAAAAAAAAUAAUAGAUUCAAAA